AUGAAGGUUGCAGUUUGUGGUACUGUUGGCUCUGGGAAGUCAAGCUUGCUUUCAUCUAUACUUGGAGAAGUACCAAAAGUAUCUGGAAGUCUUAAGGUUUGUGGGACAAAGGCCUACGUGGUUCAAUCUCCUUGGAUUCAGAGUGGUAAAAUUGAGGACAACAUCUUGUUUGGUAAGCCAAUGGAAAGAGAGAGAUAUGAGAAGGUGCUUGAAGCAUGUUCUUUGAGUAAGGAUCUGGAGAUACUCUCAUUUGGUGAUCAGACUGUUAUAGGAGAACGUGGCAUUAAUCUGAGUGGUGGACAGAAGCAAAGGAUACAGAUUGCACGUGCUCUAUACCAAGAUGCAGAUAUCUACUUGUUUGAUGAUCCUUUUAGUGCCGUGGAUGCUCACACAGGGUCACAUCUCUUUAAG